AUGGAUGCUGUCGAAGCAGAAGGUAGCUACCUGAGCCAGGAGGAAUUGUUAGCAGCUGAAAACACACUGUUCUGGAUAGCGCAACAGCAAUCGUAUCCGGGGCGAAGGCAUCUAGACUCCGAUGAGGUCUUCACCAGAACUCGAACCGUCAGCAUUGUCUCUCAAAGCAUGGCGAACUACACCACAUUUCGCCAUACCUCGACAAAAAACUUUGUCCUCAGAGUGGAUAGCCGAGUUGGAGUAGCAAAAAAACGUCGUCAUGACAAGUUCCUGCAUACCAACUUUGAAAUUGAAGUGAACGAGCUUCGCCAGUCCUUCCACAUUUCGAAGAUUGGAGCAACGGUCAAGAAAUUAAUCCGCCAGUGUCAACAUUGCAAGGUAUACAGGUGCAAAGCACAGGUACCUAGGAUGGGUCCUCUGCCCGUAGCGCGGCUUGCAUCGUUCGAACGUCCAUUCAGCUACGUCGGUUUAGACCUGUUUGGUCCAAUCCUGGUCAAGAGAGGUAGAAGUUCGGUUAAACGCUGGGUGGCUCUUUUUACCUGCUUAACAAUUAGAGCCAUUCACGUCGAAGUAGUCCACAGCCUCACAACAGAAUCCUGCAUUAUGAGCAUUCGACGCUUUAUUGUUCGACGAGGGGCAUCACUGGAAAUCCAUUCGGAUAACGGAACCAACUUCCGUGACGAGGCAACAUUCUACAACAACAAAUCGGAGAGAACGCAGCACAUGGGUGGGAGCUGGGAGCGUAUGGUACGCUCAGUGAAAACGGCCAUGGAGAAAAGCUUGUGCGCGGGGCGGAAGCUGGACGACGAAGGCCUGAAUACAUUUGUGGUAGAAGCUGCAGGAGUCGUCAACUCCCGACCUCUGAUGUACCUACCAUUGGAUAGCGAGGAAGCUGAAUCCCUGACGCCCAACCACUUUUUGCUAGACAGUUCGAACGGCGUAAAGCAACCGAGCAAACAGUUUGUGGAUGGAGCUGUAGCCCUGUAG